UCAUUUCCACCGAAGGCACUUCCAAGGAACUCCUUAGUUGUGAACUUUGAAACUAAUUUGAGUUGUGUAGUUCACGUUGAAGGAUUGUAUAUUUACCAAAGAAUCAGCAGCAGGAAGUAAAAGCAGAAACUGAGUCCUAUAAGAGGAGUUGCUUUCAGAGAGAGGUUUCAGUCUUUGACCCACAUUCUCACUGUGGAUGAUUAAAAACGGGAACCUUUACAUGGCGGCUGCAAAUGGUCCGGAGACAAACCUGUCAGUGCUGUUACUGGGAGAGAAACAGAGUGGGAAGAGCUCAGUGGGAAACACCAUCCUGGGGAGACGAGCCUUUCAGGAGAACACCACCCGCAGCUCCAGAGAGAACGGCACUGUUUUUGGAAAACAAGUGACGGUUGUUGACACCCCGGGCUGGUUCUCCCAUACCUCAACUCCAGACAGAGUGACCCAGGAACUCCUCAGAGGUCUUACUCUCUGCAGUCCAGAGCCCCAUGUCAUCCUGUUGGUGCUUCCCACCACCUCCGUCUUUGGCCAAAAGGAGUGGAAGGCCAUGGAGGCUCAACUCGGACUGCUCCAAACCCCCAUUUGGCCCAGAGCUAUUGUCCUCAUCACACAUGGAGAUAAAUUAGGAAUCUUGCGCAUUCAGGAGCACAUAAGACAAAAAGGACGGACUUUCCAUUGGCUGCUGGAGCGAUGUGGGAACAGGUACCAGGUUAUGACCAACCAGCCCAGUGCCUCAGACACGCAGGUCACAGAGCUCUUCAAGAAGAUCCGAAGCAUGAUGGCGACCAACAACCGUUCCUGGGAGAUCCAGAACAUGUUGUACACCAAUCUAAGACGAGAGGCGAGGAUGGAGGGGUUGAGGAGUCGGCAGGAUGGACAAGUAGAGGUGGAGAUGAGAGAGAGGCAUGAUGUAUGGGAUGGCAGGCCUGGACAAAGACAGCGGUCAGGAGUCAGCUCUAGACCGGUUCUCUCCUUCAUCCUGCUGGGGAAGAGGAAGUCAGGGAAGAGCUCAGCAGGCAACAUCAUCCUGAACAGAGAAGAGUUUGAGGUCUAUCAGUACGGACAGACCACCAGGUCCUCUGUCGGCCAUGGGACGGUUUCAGGGCGAGCUGUCACCGUGGUGGACACCCCUGGGUGGAGUCUGUACGGUCUGGCCGACGCCGAGGAGGUGGUGACAGAGCUUAACCAGAGCACUUCUCUCUGCCCUGAAGGGAGCAAAGUGACCUUCCUGCUGGCUAUACCGGUGGACUCGUUUUAUGAGGAGGACAGAGGAGCUGUGGAGGAGUUCCUCGGCAUUUUGGGGGAUGAUGUGUGGAGAAGCACUGUUGUGUUGUUCACCUUUGGAGAGGAGCUGAGUGGAACGACAUUGGAGAAACACGUAGAGGAGAAUGGGGAGCCUCUGCAGGAGGUGCUGAAAAAAUGUGGCCACCGGCAUGUUGUGUUCAGUACAGAAACUGAAGAUGUGCAUCAAGUAACACACCUACUGCAGAUGGUGGAACGAGGAAAUUAAACAUUAUGUCAAAAACAAAAUAAAUUAUUGUGAGAUUUGA